AUGGAGCAGAUACAGGAGCAGAUGGCUGAGAUGCGAACUCAGUUAACUGAACAGAUGAAUGCGCAUAUGGCACAGUUUAUGGAGGCGUUGGCUAACGUCACUAGAGGUCAAGAGGAUCUACAAGUUCUCGUCGAGAAUUCCAGGAGGACUGAGAAUGAUGGACAGCAGUAUGGUUUGUAUGAUGAUGUGUCGGGCCGUAUUGAUGAUCAUCAUGAUGAGAAUGAGUCAGGCGUCCUCACUAUGCAUAGUGCUGAGGGUGCGCAGGAGGAAGUUGAAAGGUAUCGUCUCAUUGAGAAACGCUUGAGGGCCGUUGAAGGUAAGGGUGUGUUGGGUAUGGAUAUUAAUGAUCUAGGUUUGGUGCCAGGCGUGAGGAUUCCGCCAAAGUUCAAGGUUCCGACUUUUGACAAGUACAACGGAGCUACCUGCCCAAUGACACAUGUCAAAGCAUAUUACCGGAAAAUGUAUGUGUAUUCCGAAGAUGAGGGAUUUUUGAUGCACUUCUUCCAAGAUAGCUUGGCUGGAGCUUCUUUGGAGUGGUAUGUGCAACUCGAGCGCACUCAUAUCCAUUCAUGGAGAGAUCUUGUCGAGGCUUUCGUUAAGUACUAUCAGUACAAUGUUGACAUGGCACCGAAUAGGACUCAAUUGCAGAGUUUGGUUCAGGGGUCCAAAGAAUCUUUCAAGGAGUACGCUCAGAAAUGGCGUGAGUUAGCUGCAAGAGUUCAGCCGCCAAUGACUGAACGCGAGAUAAUUGAUAUGUUCGCGAGUACUCUGUUGGGACACUACUAUCUGGCUUGUAGUACGUCUGCAACAUUUUCCGCAAUGGCUAGGUGCGGCCAACGUGUGGAGAUGGGCUUGAAAAUGGGAAAGAUUCAAAUAGGUACUUCUCAGGGCAUAGCAAGUGGCAAGAGACAAUCAGAGGGUUAUGCCAGAAAGAAGGAAGGGAAUGCAGAUGCUGUGUAUGGAAAAGGAAACCAAGGAAGAAGUAAUCCUCAGGUGAAUGCCGUUACUAUUCCCGUGCCUCAACAACAACAGCAGCAGGGGCAACAUCCUCAGUAUCAGAACAAUCGAUACCCUCCGAGGGCUAGACCUAAUAGGCACUUUGAUCCAAUUCCCAUGACGCAGUCUCCAAGUUAUAAUGCAAAUGCCCGUUGUGCUUUUCACUCUGGUGGUGUUGGGCAUGAUACUGAGAAGUGUAUCGCUCUGAAAAACAAGGUUCAGGACUUGUUAGAUCAAAAGGUUAUUCAAUUCACUCCGACACCGAACAUUGUCAAUAAUCCCAUGCCUGCCCAUGGCGGAGGUUCGGGUGUGAAUGCUAUUGAGAAUGAAGAGAUAAGUGUUGUAUAUGAUGUGGGAUGUUUGACUUUUCCUCUCGUGUCUGUGAAACAACAUCUGGUUAAUAGUGGCAUCUUCCCGGGCUGUGGUGUCGACUGUGAGAAUUGUAAGAAUCAACCUGGGGGUUGUAUUGAUUUGAAGAGUAUGGUUCAGAAAUUAAUGGACGAAGGUCCUCUCCAGUUCUAUAGAAAGAGGAGAAACGCGAGGGUUGCAAACGAUGAGGCGGUGGUAAUUGACAUCCCAUAUGAACCUGUGGCUCCUAUCAGUAUUCAGGUGCUUGUUCAUAUACCUAUCGCCAUUCCCUAUGCAGAGCAAUCGGCGGCAUUGGUGAUCACUGUUCCUGGGCCAUAUCCAUAUGAGAGUGAGAAGGCCGUUCCUUGGCAUUAUGGCUCAGAUGUGUAUUACUACGGUACGAAGAAAGAGGGUGAGUUGAAAGACAAUUUUGUGAAGGCCGCAGUUGCAAAUGCCGAUAAUUUUGCUGGUGCCGGUAGGAUUACUCGUAGUGGCAGAGUUUUCUCUCCUCAGCUUGUACAAAACAAUGCAGAUGCUUCGGCUAAGGCCAAAGUCAAACAAGUGGUGGUUGAUAGCCAGAACUCUUCGGUUCAGAAUGGGGCACCUGACAGUGCUGUGUCUUCCAAGAACGUGGAGGAGUUGUUGAGAAUCAUCAAGAAGUCUGAUUACAAAGUUGUUGAGCAGUUGGGUCAGACCCAAUCAAGGAUUUUCAUCUUGCAAUUGUUGAUGUGUUCGGAGGUUCAUAGAGACGCUCUCUUGAAAAUCCUGAAUAAUGCUUAUGUACCGCACGAAAUAUCCGUGAACCAGUUAGAGGCGGUGGCCAAUAACAUUUCAGCUGGAAAUGGUUUGGGAUUUACUGAUCGUGAUCUUCCUCCUGAGGGGAGAAACCAUAACAAGGCAUUGCAUAUUUCGAUGGAGUGUAAGGGGACGACCUUGUCUCGUGUCCUGGUUGAUACAGGUUCUUCCUUGAAUAUGCUUCCCAAAUCGGCCCUUAUGAGAAUUGACUAUGCUGGUGUUGAGUUGAGGCCCAGUGAGUUAGUGGUACGCGCUUUUGAUGGUUCAAGGAGGUCUGUGUUUGGAGAGGUAGAUCUUCCAAUCCAAGUUGGUCCUCAGAUCUUCACUACAACUUUUUAUGUAAUGGAUAUUCAACCUGCUUACUGUUGUCUGUUGGGACGACCCUGGAUUCACAAGGUCGGCACUGUGACAUCCACUCUUCAUCAGAAGUUGAAGUAUCCAGUCGAUGGUAAAGUGGUGACAGUUUGUGGUGAGGAAGAUUACAUCGUGAGUCACCUGUCUUCUUUCCGAUAUGUGGAGAUCGAAGUUGAAAUACAUGAGACGCCAUUCCAAGCGUUCGAAGCCGUGAAUAUUGUGAGAACUCCUCUUUGUGAGAUCACGAAACCAUAA